AGUGCUGCUAGUGCUGCUGCCGUGCAGCAAGGUCUCAUGGUGAGCUGAAGGACGGCCGCCAUGUUAGGAGGUGGCAGGAAGGUGCCGUCAGGUAAAAUUGUAAAUAACUUCAAAAUGAAGUGAAUUCUCAUUAAAAUGCCGUUGGAAUGUUCGAGCAUUGGUGGUGUGGCAGCUGGGUCUGCCCCUCAUCAAAAGGAACAGCAGUGAGGCCUUCUCUACUAACAGUGUGAAAGGCACUGAACCAGGCUGUGCUUCUGAGGAUCACCAACAUCUGAGCAGUAACCAACAUGAGCAGGGCUCUGAAAAGUGACCCCAGCAUGCCGCGUACCCAGCCUGCUCGUAAAACAUCCUCCUCAGAAGGGCUUAGUUAGCCCUUUGGCACUUGGUUUAGGAAAUAAUCAUGCUGCACUUCAGAUUUCUGUUCAGCCUUAUCCUAUCAUAUAUCUGAAAUGUUCUCGGAUGGCAAACUACCUCUCUCUGGCUGUGUCAGAUACCUGAGCUGGCUUGGUCACUGGAUGCGGCGUGGGCUCUGCAUUCAGUGCCAGCCUGGCUGUGCAGAGUCAACAGCCAUUCAGAACUGAGCAAAGCAGCUCUACAUGUCAUUCUCUGCACUGCAUGUGUGUUCUUUCCAAUAACCAGCUGUCUCACACAUUCUUCAGUUAAUACUUCCUAGGUCAGAUAUGGCCUCAAUAGACUGUAUCAUUUUGCCUAGAGCGAGUUCUCGAAAAGCAGUAGUAAAGUCUUUGAGUGCAUUUGCAGGAUUUUCCAGGAAUUGCUUUUCAGCAAAGGAAAAUCAGGACCCCAACACAACAACAACAGAAACCCAGCAAUAUUUGAAGAGUCCAAAGUUACAGCCUAUUGUAUCAACUUUUAUUUGAAUCAUCACUUUGCUUGUGUGGUUGGAAACAACAGAAUGAAGUAAAAACAUGUAUGUGGUUUUUUUUAGAAACUGUUAUGCUGCACGGAAUUUCCUGUGCAGAAGUGCUGGUGCUCAUCGGAUCACCUCUCCAGCUCUUGGCUACCCUUCUGCAAGAAGAUGACCAUCUUCUCAUAUUGAAACUAAGAUAAUGAUGAAAAAAAAAAAUUACGACUUGCACACAUCAUUACACAGGUGGAGUGCCUACUUGCAUGAAAAGCGUGGCAAUAGAAGCACAGCUCUGCUCUACAUUGCAUGGGUCACCAACCACCAGACCAGGCUGCCCAGAGCCACAUCCAGCCUGGAUGUGAAUUGGAUGUCUAUUAGGACUAAAAAGCCGCUUCUCAUGGAGCUACCCACUGGACUGCUUUCCUGCUGUGAAGGAUUGUUGGAUCGCAAGAUUUAAAAAAAGGACAAAUAGUUGUGUGACAAAAAUCCAAACGUUUGAGCCCAAUGCAGCAACCUGAAACAACCACUGCGUUUCCAGAAGAGUGUCUUUCAAUAUAAAGCCUACUCCUGAGUAACUGGCACACGCUCAGCGAGCACAACACGAAGACAACUGGCAGCCUGCACAGUAUGAGCUCAGAAGAGGUUGGUGCUCAGGGUGGAGAGGGUGCAAAGAUGUGAGAUGUCAGAGAGCACAAAGCUGGCUUACAGCAGAAGAAUGGUGCUGCUUUCACUUCAAAGCCCUGUACUGAUUAUCUUCAGGACUGGAUGUGGAGCUGGGCUGGAUGCAGAGGACCUGGCUGUGUCCUGUCCUGAGCACGCAGGCGCUAUGCCAUGCACCACUCAGCCUUCUUUGAGCGCCAGCAAGGAAUUUUUGCUUAUCUGAACUACAGAGUACCUCGGACUCGGAAGGAAAUAUUUGAAACCCUGAUAAAAGGAUUACAGAGGCUAGAAUACAGGGGAUAUGACUCUGCAGGAGUGGCAAUUGAUGGAAAUAAUAAUGAAGAUAAGGAAAGGUUCAUCAAACUGGUCAAGAAAAGAGGAAAAGUAAAGGCUCUGGAAGAAGAGUUGUACAAACAAGAUGGCUUGGAUUCCAAAGCAGAUUUUGAAACGCAUUUUGGAAUUGCUCACACUCGCUGGGCGACCCACGGAGUACCAAGUGCAAUAAACAGUCACCCUCAGAGGUCAGAUAAAGGGAAUGAAUUUGUUGUUAUCCAUAAUGGAAUCAUCACAAAUUACAAAGACCUGAGAAAAUUUCUGGAAAGCAAAGGCUAUGAAUUUGAGUCUGAAACAGAUACAGAAACAAUCCCUAAACUGAUCAAAUAUAUGUAUGACAACAGAGAGAGUGAAGACACCAGUUUUUCAGCCUUGGUAGAAAGAGUUAUUCAACAGUUGGAAGGUGCUUUUGCAUUGGUUUUCAAGAGCAUCCAUUAUCCAGGUGAAGCUGUUGCUACCAGGAGAGGGAGUCCUUUGCUCAUUGGAGUUAGAAGCAAGUACAAGCUUUCCACUGAACAGAUUCCUGUUUUAUAUAGAACAUGCAACAUUGAGAAUAUGAAGAACAUGUGCAAUUCACGAAUGAAAAGACUGGACAGCUCUACUUGCCUUCACGCUGUUGGGGAUAAGGCAGUAGAAUUUUUCUUUGCUUCAGAUGCAAGUGCUAUCAUUGAGCAUACCAACAGAGUAAUUUUCUUAGAAGAUGAUGACAUUGCAGCAGUAACUGAUGGGAAGCUUUCAAUUCACCGUCUGGAGCGGUCGGCUAGUGAUGAUCCUUCCCGGGUCAUUCAAACCUUGCAAAUGGAAUUGCAGCAAAUCAUGAAGGGUAACUUCAGUGCGUUCAUGCAAAAGGAAAUUUUUGAACAACCAGAAUCAGUUGUCAAUACUAUGAGAGGCAGGGUGAAUUUCGAGAACAGCACAGUUCUGCUGGGGGGCCUGAAGGACCAUUUAAAAGAAAUCAGAAGAUGCAGAAGACUGAUCAUUAUUGGCUGUGGGACCAGUUAUCAUGCUGCAGUAGCUACUCGACAAGUACUGGAAGAAUUAACUGAAUUACCUGUGAUGGUGGAACUUGCUAGUGACUUCUUGGACAGGAACACCCCUGUGUUCAGAGAUGAUGUCUGCUUUUUUAUAAGUCAGUCAGGUGAAACUGCAGAUACACUUAUGGCUUUGAGGUAUUGUAAAGAACGCCGUGCUCUAACAGUUGGCAUCACAAACACAGUUGGAAGCUCAAUAUCCAGAGAGACUGACUGCGGUGUGCAUAUCAAUGCAGGACCUGAGAUAGGUGUGGCAAGCACAAAGGCUUAUACCAGCCAGUUUGUGUCUCUUGUAAUGUUUGGCCUCAUGAUGUCUGAAGACAGAAUUUCUUUGCAGAAAAGGAGAAGGGAAAUCAUCAGUGGACUAAAAUCAUUGCCAGAGAUGAUUAAAGAAGUCUUGUCCUUGGAUGAGAAGAUACAUGACUUGGCUCUUGAACUGUACAAACAAAGGUCACUGCUGGUUAUGGGUCGUGGAUAUAAUUAUGCCACUUGUCUGGAAGGAGCUCUGAAAAUAAAAGAAAUCACCUAUAUGCACUCCGAAGGUAUCCUGGCUGGUGAGCUUAAGCAUGGUCCGCUAGCCCUAAUAGAUAAACAAAUGCCUGUUAUCAUGGUGAUAAUGAAGGAUCCUUGCUUCACCAAGUGCCAGAAUGCUCUGCAACAGGUCACAGCUCGACAGGGUCGUCCAAUCAUCCUGUGUUCUAAGGAAGACACAGAAAGCUCGAAAUUUGCCUACAAAACCAUUGAGCUGCCUCAUACAGUUGACUGCCUUCAAGGAAUCUUGAGUGUUAUUCCUCUCCAGUUGCUUUCAUUCCACCUGGCUGUUCUCAGAGGAUAUGAUGUGGAUUUUCCAAGGAAUUUGGCCAAAUCAGUUACUGUAGAAUAACAGCCAAGAACAGUGGAUAUUUUUGUCACCAGACCUCUGUGUUAUGCUUGUGGAAAUGUGUUGUUCUGAACCAAUAGGUACAUGGUUUUCAAAGGGAAUGAGAGUGAUAACUGGCAAGUGUCAGAAGGAUUUAUCUUGCAGCUUUAAAAGCUUCCAACGUGCCUUGUUACCCAAGUGCUUUUGCUCACAGCAAAUAUUUCUAAGUCCCGAAAUUGCCAAAGGAUAAGAUAAAAAUCAUUGUUUACACAUGGUAUACUGAAUGAACUUCUCUACUGUGCAAUAUAUAUAUACAGCUCUCUUCAGAGUAACUGUGAACAUUUUUUUAGCCUACACUACUUAACUAGUUUUAAAGAUAAAGUAUUUAUAAGUACAACUGUAUAGCUUUUCUUAAGUUAUUUUUUUUUAGUAUGUUGCUUAACUAUAGCAUUGGUAAUGAGCUGACAUGCUCAGUGCUCACGGGGAGUUUGUGUACAGUUUUUUAGAUUUUUCUACUACAGCCUCAAACUGGAAAUUGGUGUCCUCUUCCUCCCAGCUUCCUGUCCCCCUCCUCCUACAGUUUGCAUCUGCUUUGUAUUUCACCACCUUUUGCAAAGAGUUCCUGUGGCUGUAAAUUCUCAGCUGUGUUUUCAGCUCCUCCUCCUGCUUUCAGCUAAUGCUGCGAGAAGUCCUAGCAGCGUUUUGUGUACUGCCCCAGUUCUUAUUGCCUGGCUCCUACAGGACAACAAAAUAAGGGAACUUCCAAAAUAGGGUACCUUCCAAAAGGUACUUCUCGUUGAAGUGUGUACAAUGUAAUUAAUAUGCAAUUAAAGAAAAUAUUAUACAGA